CCGAUCAUACCAUGUCGAAAUCAAGAUCUCAAUCUCCGUCUAAAGGUGAGGCGUCGCACGAGACUGACAAUGUCUUGGACGUUCCUUGGGAUGCACCACCUCCUUACGAGUUGCAUUCUUCUGGAUCUGUUCUCGCAAGCUCAUCGCGCGUUAACGACCAUGGAGGGGUCGACAUCGAGUUCUCAUCGCUGCACCCCGAUGAAGUCAAUCGCCUUCUUCCUCCCGCCAAAGCCCAAGACUUUGAACCUGCACCAAACAGCAACCUCCCCGCCGCUGCUCCCUCUGGUCCCUGUCCAGCUCUCAAUGUCGUCAUUCAAGUUGUUGGCAGUCGAGGCGAUGUUCAACCCUUCAUUGCCCUCGGCGUCGCUCUACAGCGAUAUGGCCAUCGCGUACGAUUAGCGACUCAUGACAACUUUACAGACUUUGUCCGCUCAUCUGGUCUAGAGUUCUACCCCAUCGGGGGAGACCCUGAAGAUCUCAUGGCUUACAUGGUCAAGAACCCCGGAUUGAUUCCCUCGAUGGAAAGCCUUCGAGGUGGCGAUAUCGGCCGAAAGCGCGUCAUGAUCCGUGACAUGCUGAGAGGCUGUUGGAGCUCUUGUGUUAGACCGGACCCCGUAUCGAAUCGUCCCUUCGUCGCCGAUGCUAUUAUUGCAAACCCACCGAGUUUUGCACAUGUCCACUGCGCCGAAGCAUUAGGUAUCCCGCUUCACAUGAUGUUCACGAUGCCUUGGACAGCGACGAGGUCAUUUCCUCAUCCUUUGGCCAACGUUCAAUCCCAGAAUAUGGAUCCCAGGGCUUCUAAUUACCUCAGUUAUGGCGUCGUUGAUUUGAUGACAUGGCAAGGACUUGGAGAUGUCAUCAACUCGUGGAGAGUUAGUGACUUGCACCUUGAGCCCUUGGCUGCCGCUGUUGGCCCAGACAUCAUUGACCUCAUGAAAGUACCAUAUACUUAUUGCUGGUCGCCAGCUCUAGUCCCUAAGCCAAGUGACUGGGGGGACAGCAUUGACAUUUGUGGAUUCUUCAUGCGGGAUGAACCCUCCUAUACGCCACCCCAGGAGCUCGCAGACUUCCUGUCAAGGGGACCACCGCCAGUAUAUAUAGGCUUUGGAAGCAUCGUCAUUGAGGACCCUACGGCCCUAACAAACAUAAUCAAAGAGUCGUGCAGGGCUGCAGGAGCCAGAGUUAUUAUUUCUCGAGGCUGGAGCAAACUAGGUGGAAAUGACCCUAACACCGACUCUAUUUUCUACUUGGGUGAUUGCCCUCACGAGUGGUUAUUUAAGCGUGUCGCUGCUGUUGUUCAUCAUGGCGGCGCAGGUACUACGGCCUGUGGCCUUGUCAAUGGUCGACCGACUACCAUUGUGCCAUUCUUCGGCGACCAGCCUUUUUGGGGAAGUGUUGUUGCGUCCAAUGGAGCAGGUCCACAACCCAUUGCCUACAAAAGCAUCUCUGUGGACAAACUAAGUUCCGCUAUCCGAUUCUGCCUCAGCCCGGAGGCCCAGACUGCUGCCAACAGGAUUGCAUCGCAGAUGAGGCAGGAGAGAGGUGUUGAGACAGCAGUGAACUCCUUUCAUCGACAUCUACCAGUGGCUAGCCUCACUUGCGAGCUCAUACCACAUAACGCUGCUAAAUGGCAGUACGUUGGCAAGGCAAAGAGGGGUGACAAGGGCCAGGUUACGGUAUCAAACGCAGCCCUGAAAGUUCUUCUGGACGCCAAGAAAGUCAAGUUGACAGACUUUGAACCACUUCGAUCGAAGGAAUACCAUGUUGAAAAUAAGCGAUGGGAUCCCCUAACAGCUGGCGCCUCGUCGGUUCUAGGCACCAUGACAGACUUUACCUCUGCCCUGGGCGGUGCAUUCAUUGACCCCUUCAAAGACAUAAAGCGUGUCCGACCAGAUGGUUCUCAUCGCUCAGCGGGCACAGCGACUGCAGUGGCCAGCGGAAAAGCUCUGCAGGGCAUGACAACCGCUGUGGUGAAGGGGUCGCUCGUAGAUGUCCCAUUGGCAUUGACUGAAGGACUUCGCAACACGCCGCGACUGUAUGGAGAAAAGGUCCAGGAUCAUGGCCCUGUGACAGAUUGGAAGAGCGGCGGCACAGUUGCAGCAAAGAACUUUGGGGUUGGUUUCUACGAAGGCGUGACCGAUAUCGUGACGAAACCCAUCAAAGGUGCCAAAGAAGAGGGUGCAUUGGGUUUCUUUAAGGGAGUUGGAAAGGGAUCCCUCAAUCUCGUUGCAAAACCAGGCAGUGCAAUGUUUGGAUUGCUUGCAUACCCAGCCCAGGGAGUGUACAAGAGCGUGAAGGGCAUGAAGACGAAUAGGGCAAAGGAGUUGGUUGCAGCUGGUAAGGUUGAAUCUUUGACGGACAGGCACGAUGGGUCAAUGCAAGCCGACGCCAGUCAAGUUAUCAGGCGAUUUCAGGAAUUAACAAUGUAGAUCACUUUACUUGGAGUAUACUUGAUUUUAUUAUAUAUAGUAAAAUUAUUCUACUUUAC